UCAUAUGCCUUCAAUCUAUUGUCAGUAGGAAAUGUCAGUAGGAAAACUCUAAAAAUGCAUCAACAUUAUUCACAUUAAAAUCCUUUUUAAAUCCAUACCACUGAAAUUGUACUGUACCUAAAAGACCAAUUACCAUUUUACCAUUCAAAAAAAUAAUAUAGUGUAAAAAGAAUGUAUGUAAUUUUGUACUUAUGUUUGCAUCAUUUGUUCAGUGAAUUCAUUUUUUCCUGCUUCAUUCCCAAUUUCUUUCUUAUAGAAAAUGCACAAAUACAAUGUAAUAUAUAUUGAGUCAUAGAAUUAUCACCACCUAGCAAAACCAGUGUUUUUAAAAUGUUUUAUGUCUGUAUGAGGAACAUGUAAGCACACAUCACAUCAGCGCCAAAGGCCAUCUUCUAAUAACAUGGAUUUGGUAGCCAUAUGAUGUUUUUUUUAACAACCCAUGUGUUGUACUUUACAUAUACUCCUGAGGACAUUUACCCUCUCAAGCUCGAAAGAGUACAUACAAGAGAGUUCAAGUACUUGUUUGAAUUCCUCACUUUGGCGUGCUAAUGGAGAUUAAGCUGAAUUGAAGCCUGUGUGUCAGCCAGCAAUUCAGGUAGUUCAUACCAGACAUGCCUAAUCUAUUGUGUUCCUCUAAGUGCAUCGUACACAGAAAAUCAUGAAAGGUCGAAAGGCAGAUGCCAUUUAAAACAUUGUCAUUAGAGUGGCUCUGUUCUCCUUAGAAGCCUUAGUAUAUAUACAUUUUUUUUUUUAAAUUGUUAUGCUAUGUACACUUCAGUCCUUUCCACUGCGUAGUGUUCCAGACAAUAGACAAAAAAACACUAUAAAAAUAAUGUUUCUUAGCACUAAGAACUGAAAUUAAAUAUAUAAUGGCAGCUGUAAGAAAAUUUUUGUUAGGAAAGAUUGUGUUUAAUCAUGUAGGAAUUAUCUUUAUGAUUUACAAUGCAUUUCUUUUGCAGACAUAUUUUAGUGAAUUUGCAGGCACUAACAUGUCACACUUGGUCACAAGGUGACUGUUAUCUGAUGUUCUGUCAACUCACAUCCAUUCAAGUGAUUAUAUUUUUCUAAUUUAGAUUGUUCUCCCUCUCUCUUCCUCUGUCUCAUUUUUUAUUUUUAUUUUUUCAUGGCUCUAGAUAAUAAUAUGCAUUUCGAUGUAGUUACUUUCCACAAGUAAUGGCAACAAAAAAAGUUAAAGAAAAGGCUGCUCUUCAUCAACAGCCCUGAGGAGUGAAGAAAGAUGAGCCAGUUGGCAGGUUGAAAUAUGCUCCUCUUGUAAGUUCAUGUCAAGAAUUAAAAGCAAAGGGAGCCCAAAAAAAAGAGAGAGAAUAGUUUUAAUGGAGAUGUCAGCGUGGUAGCAUCGUUGCACGGAACACCUCCUUACUACAGUAUGUGGCAUGUCCUGACCAGAGCACAGAGGGUCAAAGCUACUGCUGAGUGUGUUGCUUUAAGAGUUGGUGUAGGCAGGAGUGCCCCCUCACACACGGGGUUUUGGCAGUGCAAACAUAAAGUAAGUAACAACAUGGUCCUCGUGCAUUGCAAUUGGGAAGUAAAGAUGAAGCCUGGUGUCGUCAUAAGCUGCUUUUCCAAUACGGUGAGAGUCAAUAAAAGGCGCGAGACUUCACGCGCGUCCACAGUCCAUUAGACGCAGUGCGUUGAACCCGCGCAGAUUCAAGUGACAGAGCUGAAGCUGGCUGAACUAACAUGAACGCAUCGGCAGGAUGUCUCUUCAUGUGCUUUUUGUUGCUAUUUAAGGUAUGGGUGAAUGCUAGCGAUGGAGAAGCUAUUUUUAUCCGUGAGUUCACCCUGAGCCAUCCUGACCAACUCCCUGAUGAUUUCUUGAAUGAAGGUCCUGCAAACCAUAAGUCUGAGGAUUCUAACUCACGGACAGCAAGGUCAGAGGAGGACAGGGACACUCUAUGGGAUGCCUGGGGCACAUGGAGCGAAUGUUCACGUACCUGUGGUGGAGGAGCUUCCUAUUCUCUCAGACGCUGCCUGAGCUCCAAGGCCUGUGAGGGGCAGAAUAUCAAAUAUCGCACAUGCAGCAACGUGGACUGUCCAGCAGAUUCCGGAGAUUUCCGUGCUCAGCAGUGUUCAGCCCACGCUGAUGUGCGCUACCAGGGUCGCUACCACGAGUGGCUGCCAGUGGACAAUGACCCUGAAAAUCCAUGUGCCCUCAAAUGCAAGGCUAAAGACACAGACCUAGUCGUAGAGCUGGCACCAAAGGUGUUGGAUGGAACUCGGUGCUACACAGAAUCUUUGGAUAUGUGCAUCAGUGGAGCCUGUCAGAUUGUUGGCUGUGAUCACGAGUUAGGAAGCACUGCUAAAGAAGAUAAUUGUGGAGUUUGCAAUGGAGAUGGAUCCUCUUGCAGACUUGUGAGAGGGCACUACAAAUCCCAACACGCCAGUGGGAAGACUGAGGACACUGUGAUUGUUAUUCCUUAUGGAAGUCGUCAUGUGCGCUUGGUUCUGAAAGGCCCGGAUCACUUGUAUCUGGAGAGUAAGACCUUGCAGGGGAUAAAGGGGGAGCUUUCUCUGGAUGGAACCAAGCAAUACAUCUUACAGAACACAAUCAUUGACUUCCAGAAGCUCACUGACAAGGAGAUCCUUAGAAUCGUCGGGCCACUAGAGGCUGACUUUACCAUCAAAGUUCGUUAUGCCAGCGGUGUAGACAGUGUGGUGCAGUUUAUCUAUUACCAGCCGAUUAUUCAUCGGUGGAGAGAGACCGACUUCUUCCCCUGUUCUGUAACUUGUGGUGGUGGGUAUCAGCUGACUUCAGCAGAGUGCUUUGACCUGCGUAGUAAUCGUGUGGUGGUGGACCAGUAUUGCCAUUAUUACCCUGAGAAUGUCAAGCUCAAACCCAGACUGCAGGAGUGCAACAUGGACCCUUGUCCUGUUAGUGAUGGCUACAAGCAAAUAAUGCCCUAUGACCUCUACCACCCACUGCCUCGAUGGGAGAGCAGCCCAUGGACUGCCUGUUCUACAUCCUGCGGUGGGGGAGUUCAAAGUCGUUCCGUCUCAUGUGUGGAAGAAGACUUGCAGGGAAACAUCACUCCCACGGAUGAAUGGAAGUGUCUGUACGCAUCCAAGGCAUCCAUUGUGCAAUCGUGCAACACUUUUGACUGUCCCACAUGGAUUGCACAGGAAUGGUCACCGUGCACAGUAACUUGUGGACAGGGCCUGCGUUAUAGAGUGGUUCUGUGCAUUGAUCACAGAGGGCUGCAUGCUGGCGGUUGCAAUCCUAUCACCAAGCCACACAUAAAGGAAGACUGUCUGGUUCCUGUUCCCUGCUACAAGCCUGCAGAGAAGCUGCCUGUUGAAGCGAAGCCACCUUGGUUCAAGCAAGCUAUAGAACUUGAAGAUAUGCCCAUAUUGGAGGAACCGACGUUCAUCCGAGGCACUUGGGGGCCCUGCAGUAGAUCAUGUGGUGCUGGCAUACAGAGGCGGACAGUGAAGUGUCAGGUGUUGCUCUCCUUCUCCCAGACAGUUGCUGAUCUUCCAGAUGAUGAGUGUGAAGGACAGAAGCCCCCAGAAAUGCAACCCUGUUACCGCACACCCUGCUCUGGAGUGAGAACUGAGCAGGAGAGUGAGAGAAUUAGAAACACAGCUACAGAGCAAGAGGAGCUACAUGACUGGGAGUAUGAUGGGUUUACUGAAUGCUCCGAGAUGUGUGGUGGAGGGAUUAAAGAGGCAGUGGUGAUAUGUUUGAACAAGCAGACGAGAGAAGCCUCAGAUGAAAGUGAGUGUGUCAGCACACAGCGACCUCUUCAACUUGUGCAGGCCUGCAAUACUGAACCUUGUCCUCCGAGGUGGGAACUGGAGUCUUGGAGCUCCUGUUCAGCAACAUGCGGUGUUGGCCUCCAGACACGGGCUGUCACCUGCACGCUGAAAGUAAACGCACACACAAACCACACCGAGAGGGUCAAGGACGAGAAGUGUCGGCAGCCCAAGCCCUCGUCUGUGCAGGCCUGUAAUCGUUUUGAUUGCCCUCCCAUGUGGGAUCCACAGCAGUGGAGUCAGUGUUCUCAAACAUGUGGAGGUGGCCAUCAGAAGAGGGAUGUUAUUUGUAAGCAGCGAAUGGCAGAUGGAAGUGUCAUGGAGGUACCCGAAACCUUCUGUCCCUCUUCAAGCUUGCCCACAAUGCAGCCUUGUGGCCAAACAGACUGCCCAGCUCAGUGGGUCUCUUCAAAUUGGACGCAGUGUUCAACAACCUGUGGUGAAGGGACCCAGAGGUUGCUAGUCCUAUGCAGGAGAUUAAGGCUGAAUGGACAGUACCAAACUCUGAUUCCAGAGGACUGCGCUUCUGUUCUGAAGCCCUCAACAGCUCGAUCGUGUUCCUCUGGACCCUGUGAGAAGAUUUUCACUCCAGUAGCUACAAAACCAGAUCCUGCUAUUUUGACCCAGAGGAGGGUCUAUAUUCAGUGGAGGAAAGGCCCAAAACUACAUUUUGUAGUCGGUGGAUAUGCUUACUUGCUUCCAUGGACAUCGGUUGUGCUGAGUUGCCCGACUAAAAAUUUUCGUAAAGGCCAUGUUCGUUGGUUAAAGGAUGGAAAACCACUUCUACUACUGCCACAUGUUUCCAUAUCUAAUUUGGGUUACGUCAAGAUCCAGCAGAUCCGAGCCUCAGAUGCAGGAAUGUAUACUUGUGUUGCUGGCCAGGCACAGGCAAAUUUUGUCCUAAAACUUCUUGGAACGAAGUUGACGAAGGUGUCAGUUUCAGAAACUGGCGCCUGGUCAACAGACUCAGCAAAAACAUACCAAAUGUCGCCUAAAGAGAAAGAGGUUCUCACUUUUAAUCGCUAUGACAUCGUUGUGCAGCACUUGUUAAAUUCAAAAGGUUUGUCCCUUGAGACAUACGUCUCUAAAGAACUGCUGGAUGAAGAUGCAGCUUUUGAUUCUCUGAGCCCUCAGGUGCUGGUGGCAGACAUGGAAAAACUUGAUGAGAUAAUCCGUAACUUAUCUGGUCGCCUCCAUGGCACACAAAAACAAGAACUUAUUACUAAGCUUUUAGAGGAGCUAACCAGGAAAACUGGCGAGAACAAUGAUUCCACCUUGGAAGCCCAGGAGAAGCAAGAAUUCACAACUCCAGAGUAUAUUUCUCAAGGAAAUGAUUUAAGACUUACUUCUCAGUCCACCAGACAAUGGAAGGAACCUCUCAGGAGACCAGUAAUUGUGCAGAAAUUUUCAAGAAUCUACAAGUCCUCCCAUGAAAUUGUGACAAAUGCUGGUAGUUUUGUUGUGGUCCCACGUCAGGCCAUGAGAGUGGAGCUCAAAUGUGGAGCGCAUGGCAACCCAAAGCCAGUAAUUAUUUGGAUGAAAGAGGGGAUGGAAUUAAAAAAUGGCAGCAGAGUAGGCCUGAUGACAGACAGCUCCCUGUACAUCGAAGCUCCCAAGGAGAAUGACUUUGGAUUUUACACAUGCCGAGCCACAAAUCAUCUGGGGUCUACCUCAUUAUUGUUUCAACUGCAAAGAACAGGAAGUGGAUGUAGAGUUGGUACAAGUAAAAGUAACAGCACAUGCUUUGGCCAUUUUCAGUCAUCUGAAGGUUGCAGUGGACAACACUGCCCCCACAGAUGGCAUGUGUCCUCAUGGUCUACUUGCUCUGUAAGCUGUGGUGGGGGUUUACAGAGACGCAAUGUGACUUGUCCUAGGGCUGCAACAGGAGGACGUUCUUGUACGGGUGCUGGUAGAAAGCCAACAGAAACCAAGGCUUGUAACACGCAACCCUGUGUUGCCUGGACAGCAGCCCCGUGGGGCCUUUGCCAUGGGCAGUGUGUAGGACCACAGAAGGCACUACAGCAUAGACAUGUGUUCUGCCAGGACAAGAACAGAACAAGAGUCGCCAAUCGAAUGUGCAGCAGGCUACCAAGACCCCCCUCACAUCGAAACUGCACCACUGACGCUUGUGCCCAGCAUUGGCGUGUUGGGCCAUGGACCCAGUGCACUGCCACCUGCGGUCGCCAUGGCUUUCAGUCAAGGCACGUCGCAUGCGUGCACCGCCGUAGUGGAAAGUCAGUUCAGGAAUUUCACUGCGCUUGGAGGCCACGCCCUGCAAGCUGGCAGCGCUGCAACAUUCUGUCUUGUGGGAGAGGUGAUUGCCAAGACAGCACUAGGUACUGUGAGAAGGUCCGACAGCUGGAACUUUGCCCCUUACCCCAGUUUAAAGCACGGUGCUGCCGGUCCUGCAGAGACCCCUAAGACUCUACCAGGACAAAAGAACAGAAACAGGACUAAUACAUAGACUUGGGAACGCCUGCAAACCCUCCACACAACCCAGCACAUAAUCCAAAACCAAAGACCAUGGUGUGUGAUGGGUCACCUGGUAAUCUUGUAAUCAGCCCAAUGACAAGUGUGGGAGGGUGAGACUGGAUUCAAUUGUAAACUAAUGGACAUUUUUAUUUAACUUCAAUGAAGGCAUUGAUUAAAUUGUUGUUUUUUUUGUUUGUUUGUUUUUUGGUUUAUUUGGUUUUGCAUUUACUGCCUGUCUAAUGGUCCAGAAAGAUGUAAGACAUUUCGAGAUUCACUGGAAUGCACAUUGUAGACUCCAUAUAUAUAUCAAAUCAAAGUAGCCUUUAGUUAUGAAUGAAUGUCCACAAGGGUUUGCUGGGGCCUUCGAUUUAAACCAUGUCAGUCAGUGUAACCUCAAUUUGCUUACUAUAAAAAAAAAAACACUUUCUAAAUCAUUGCAAUCUGACACAGAAAAGAAUGGUAGACAAAGAAAGACAAAUUCUGAAUUUAAUUAUAGCUUCUUGAAUAUUGAACCUUUGAACAGGAAAAUGCUUGAGUUGUAACUGAUGAAAAAAGCUGCACUAAUGUUAUUUCGGAAACUAUUCUGUUGCUGUCUUUGUAAUAAGCAAUUUAGUCUAUUGCCCAGUAUUAUGAAUGUGACUUCACUUAAAAAAAAAUGGGACUUCAGUGUGUGGAAACCCUGAUAGCUUUGCACUCAUAAUUUCCAAGUCUAUUUUUAAUGUGGCUGGAUUUUAUUUGAUUAUUGUUAUUGUUGUUGUUUGGUUUUGCUUGUGUUAUUCUUUAAUUCUUAAACAUGUCCAUGUUUUUUUGUCCACUUACCAAAGUCCACUUAACCACUUACCGAUAUUGUGUAGUUGUGCCUAAUAUUUAUCAUCCCUAAAUAAGUGUUAUUUACAUAAGGUAUUCAUUUAAUAGAAAUAAAAAUAAAUUCCCCUUUUCAGUCAGGCAUUGAGAAAAGAAUGCACAAAACCAAAAAGAAAGUGAAUCUUUCAUUUGUUGUAGUUCUUAUAAUUGUUUUCAGCAUAACCCCUGAAAAAUUUAUGAUCCAAAAUCACUGCUGAAAAUACUUCUUUUAGUGUAAAAGAUGAUUUUCUUUACCCUUUUUUACAUUGCGAGGUGUAUUCACAGAGCUAUUUAUUUCGUUUGAUUUGUAUAAGUGGAAUUUUUCUACAACCUGAAAAUAAUUUGUGAUGAAACUGUCCAAGCCUAGAUUUUUCUUUUGCCAUUGCUCAUCACUAGUACAGUGGUCCCCCGGUUAUCGAAUGGCUCGGCUAUCGAACAUUCCGGUUAGCGAACGGUUUUCCGAACGAAAUUUCGGUCCAGUAAACGAACAAAGUUCCAGUUAUCGAACGCCACCCACGCUGCCCAGCCCAGCGCGAGGGGAAGAAACUGCUUCCGCUUCAACCAUCGCUGAGUAAGCAUCUAUCGCAACUUCUGUUUGUGAACAAUAUUAGUGAUAUUUAGCGGUAAGUACAGUAAUCAUUCUGUUUCUUACUGUUGUAAAGUUGUUAAUUUAUACUUUUACCGAACCAACACUAAAUCGGGAUAGAUCGGGAUAAUCCGGUAAAAGGGCAUUCCCUGAAGCACCAUGACAGCCACCGUAGGGGGCGUGGCAGGGGGAUUCCUGACUAUUAAUGCGGCUAAAAACAGGAAAAAAUGGUUAAUUAUUGGGUAUUGGUGGAGUUCGGGAACGGAUUAAUUGGUUUUCCAUUAUUUCUUAUGGGAUAAUUAAGUCCAGUUUUCGAACAUAUCGGAUUUCGAAUGGUUUUAAGGGACGAAUUAAAUUCGAUAACCGGGGGACCACUGUAAUAGGUCUUUUUUAAAGCAUUAAAAGUGUGUACGAUUUGUAUGACAAAGAAAUGAAUAGUAUGUUUGGCACAGGCAUGUAGGUACAACGUACAGUAUAUGCCAAAGAUACGGGCUUCAUCAUCAUUUACUUUUUCCAAUAAACAGCAUUUCUUCAACACCCAAAA